ACGCCUCAGAAGAUCACGACGAAACGUGUCCUGGCUCUGAACUCUGAACUGUGUUAUCCCCUUCCGUUGGCGGUCGCGCGGGGAAGAAGAAGGUGGGUGAACCAUGGCGAUCGUGGCCGUGCUCGUCGCACCCACCACCGCGCCACGCCGCUGCUGGCGAGCCGCGGCGGCUUCCUCUUCGGCGGCGUCCGGGGUGGACCUCAAGGCGCUGCAGGCCGCCAUCGACAAGAAGAGCAGCGAUGAUGUGAAGCAGGCGCUGGACCAGCUGAGGGAGCUCGGCUGGGCCAAGCGGUGGAGUUCGCAGCCGUACGUGUCGCGUCGCACGACAUCUCUGCGGGAACUCACUACCCUUGGAAUCAAGAAUGCUGAGAAUUUGGCAAUUCCAAGUGUUAGAAAUGAUGCGGCGUUUUUAUUUACGGUUGUCGGUACCACUGGAUUCUUAGCCGUCCUUGCAGGCCAGCUCCCUGGGGAUUGGGGCUUCUUUGUUCCCUAUUUGAUUGGAAGCAUUUCAUUGAUCGUAUUGGCUGUCGGAAGCGUUGCUCCAGGUCUUCUGCAAGCAGCAAUUGGAGCGUUUUCUACGGUCUUUCCUGACUACCAGGAGAGAAUUGCUAGGCAUGAAGCUGCUCACUUCUUGGUCGCCUAUUUGAUUGGCCUCCCUAUCCUUGGAUAUUCUUUGGACAUCGGAAAGGAACAUGUUAAUUUGAUAGAUGAGCAGUUACAGAAGCUAAUAUACAGUGGGCAGCUUGAUGGAAAGGAACUAGACAGGUUAGCAGUAGUUUCAAUGGCAGGACUGGCAGCUGAAGGUCUAGAAUAUGACAAAGUUGUAGGUCAAUCAGCAGACCUUUUCACCCUCCAGAGGUUCAUAAACAGAACUAAGCCGCAACUAAGCAAAGAUCAGCAACAAAACCUUACCAGAUGGGCAGUCCUGUUUGCCGCAUCACUUCUGAAGAACAACAAAGCAGCCCAUGAAGCACUUAUGUCGGCAAUGUCCCAGAAUGCCAGCGUGUUGGGUUGCAUUGAAGCAAUAGAGAAUGCCUCCUGAUUGCAAUGAACUUGAGUACCCUAACAUGAUCGGAUUUGGGACUGUUGAAGAAAACUUAAAAAGAUGUUGAAUUCAUGCUCUAACAGGAAAAGGUCUUUUCUUCCCAUUGCAUCUUCGUCUGAAUUUCUGAAAUACGACAUAUUAUGUUUACUGACAAGCUCACAAGCA